GAGAGAAUCAGCUUUCACGAAGUCCAGCAAUGGAGGGACGAAGGGAGGGACGGGCCCCUGCGAUUGCGGAGGCAGUGAAAAUCAUGGUCAAUCAUUAUCUCCUCGGGUGGGCAGCAGACUAGGGCGGAAACGAAAAAGGACAUCCAUCGGAAUUGCGAUGGUCGCUGGUUCUGUCUUGUGUUGUUUAGUUUCUGCACUUCGUUUCCUAUCACGGGUUUGGUGGGUGCGGAUUCAGAUCGGAUUUCCUCUAGUCUUCUUGAUCCGUCAUAGCCUUGGAAGCGGUUAUGAUCAUGUGCAUGUCUUGAAGUGGGUACUGAGAGAGAUUGCUGUCCCGAGUCGGUCUUUCCAGUUAGACACUCCCCCGAGUGUGGCACACACACACACAGCCAUACUCGCUCACGCUCACUCAACCACACAUUUACACUUCCUGACUCAUCUGCUCUGCUGCACUACUCGUGCCUUUUAUCGAUGGGUGAUUGGUGCCCUGCCGCGAGAACAAUAAUUGGUUAAUGCAGGUACCAUAUAACUAUGCACCUCGCUGCAACUCAUGACAAUCCUAAUUAGAAUUUAU